AUGACUGAGGUAGUGGCCUCACUUCAGGCUUUAUUGGAACUACGGGAGAAAUCUAACCAAUCUUCUGAGUCAUCAGGCAUAAUGGCUUUAACUUGGAAGAUGCCUAAAUAUUUUUCUUUAAACUCUGACCAAAGUGGAUCAAGUUCACCAAAGAGGCUUGAAAACAACAUGAAUCAGUCUGAGGAGUUGGCAACCAGAGAUGUAAAAAAGUUCACUUAUGAUGAAUUGAAACUUUCUACAAGGAACUUUGUAAAUGACACAUUCUUGGGUGAUACUAUUUAUGGAAAGUUUGAUCUGGGAAUGUUUCAAGAAUUUCAUCAUCCUAACCUUGUUAAGCUCAUAGGAUACUGCUUGGAAGGUAAACAACUCUUCCUUGUCUAUGAAUUCAUGCGUAAAGGAAGGUUUGAGGAUCUUCUUCGCAGCGGAGAUGUUGCAAGACUUCCAUUGGUUACAAAGGUGAAGAUCAUAGUAGGAAUUGCUCGAGGGAUCGUUUUCUUACAAGCACCACAAUUUAACCCAACGUCGCAGAUUGGAGCAAGUGAUUCCCGACUUUAUAGACAUAAGAUAUUGCUGGAUGAGGAUUUUACUGCAAAGCUUUCAGAUUAUGGCAUUAGUUUGUUUGUAGAUGGUUACUAUGGCAUGGCCUUUCCAGAUAUUGAUGGGGUGGAAUUAGUGCUAAGGUGCAAUCUCUCUGGUUAUAAAGUAAUAUUCGCGGAGGUCUUGACAGGGGAACUUAUAGGCAAAUCAUUUAUAAGAAAGUCGAUGCUUAAUCAGUUUUUCACUGAUAAUCGAAAAAAGUCCCUGGAUGAACUUGCACAGUUAUGUUUUGAAAUCUGCAAUGAAGUGGAUUCAGAAUCAAAGAUGCUAACAAUGUUGAAGGACCAUGACAGCUUGAUAAGAAGCAGAUUGAAGAGCUGGUUGAGUAUGUUGGAUAAUCUUGACGGGUGCGGGUAUCGGAGCUGA